UGACUUUCAGCUGAUAAGCCUUUUAGGCUGACGUAGCCAGUCUAUAUUUUCUCAUUCCAAUAUGGCGGACUAAUGGAAUCUGCCUAAUAACGAUCGAUAUGUGAAAAAAAAAUGACAUGAACUUGUACAUGAUAAUGAUUUAUUUCAAACCUGGAAAGUAUAUUUAAUGCGGUGAAAUAGAAGUGUUUUGUUAAUGACGAAACAGGCAGAUAAGUCGUGAUACACAGGUUUUAAAUGGAAUGUAAUGUGAACUUUUCAUAUUUUAUCAGAAAACGGACGACAUUAUUGUGUGGAAUUUGGGACCAAUAUCACUAAGAAUUAUAUUUUGAUGCGCGUAUGAAUACUAACAUAUACAAAGAAUGGAGCUGGAACCCAGCAGCGCAGAACACAGUCCACCAUACAGCGAAAAUAACAGAUCAUGGUCAUGGAACCAGGUCACCGACGAAGUCAGCUCAUUUACAGAUAGUAACAACGAGCUAUGCGGCCUUAUGGAAGACAAAGAGGUGGCGGCCAGGGCUGUGGCAUUUGUUGUCAACAGUACGAGAAAGGGGAUCGUACCCCUCUGUGCUGAUGUGGCCAAUUUGAUGCGAACUAAACAGUGUCUUGAACGGAAAUUGAGAAUUUUAAGAAGAGAAAACGACGCUUUCCGGUCAUCUCUGAACGGGGGCUCAGUUCCAAGUCACUCUAUGAGCCCGACUCCACCCUCCCUGAGUUCAUAUACAGAGCAAUGUAUCAAAUCAUUACAAGAACAAAGCCUAGCAAUACAGGAGCAUUUUAGAUCGAAUUCAAGAUGCAGCAAUAGUUCCAGUAGCUACAGCUACUCGCCAAAACUUGACAAGAAUAAAGGUGGAAUAUACAGCUACUCGCCAAAAUUAGACAAACCCUGUGGCGGAACUCUCCGACCUGUUGGGGUGCAAUAUUCUCCGGCGAGCAGUAGCGACAGCAGAAAACAUGGUUCGUCGAGGUCAAUUCCAUCUAAUCUUUCUGCAUUCAGAGAAUCGCAACGCUCUCAUCCGCGUUCACAACUCUUACUGAACAGUGAGCAUGCGCAAUCACGUGAUAGCAAACCGGAAACCAUCAACGAAGAUGGCGUUUGUGAUAUUGAUUUAACAACAUGUAUUGUUGGUGAUUUAUCCAGUGAUAUUUUUAGCAACAUUGAAAAACUGAAUUUAAGUGAGAAGUAUAAAGAUGACGAAGAAACGGCUAUUGAAGAAAAAACUGAGGAGUCUAGUCAUGUUAAACAUAAUGAGCUCGUAUCUCUUCAUAUUGAGGAUGAAACUGUGUGUGUUAAAACUGAAGAGGAAAGUAAACAUUGUGACGAUGAUAAAGAUGAAUUUGAAAUGAAAAUCAACAUUGACCAGGAACAAUUCAAAACAGAAAAAUCACUGCUUGAACGACGUAGGGUUUCUCUACCCGAAAUUACUACCAUACCAAAUCUGAAAGCGAUAAAGAUAAAAUCGAAGCAAUCCAAAGAAGUCCAGUGUUGCCUUGACAAGACGGACAGAAACAAGGAUCAGUCGCUGGAAGAGCAGUUUAUGAAAUCCGUAAGACUCAAUGCAAAGCUUGAAGAAGAUUUGAAUGAAGCUAGAAAAGAAAUAGACCAACUGAAAAAGCGUCUCAAACGCAUGGAGUCAUCUGGUGCUAUACCGAAGACGUACGGACAGACAGAUGAGGAAAAAGUGACAGAAGACAAUGGUUAUUAUACCGGCAGUAACAGGACAUCCAGAACGGGCUCGGAACAUGAGAGGAUAAGCCUCUUCAAGAAACCAGCCGCAAAGCGGCAAGCCAUAACGUCUGUUUCCUACGUCGGACCAAUCCCUAACUGUAAGUGUUCAACCUGCCACGAUGCCUUGGGCAGUGAGGACGAUCUGUCACAUUACUCGGACGUGUACUUGGAUGAACCGCAUAGAUAUGCUGUCAAUAGUAAACUGCAAGUUCAGUUAGACGACCAUGUGACAACCAAGGGAGGUUAUUCCGGCUACAUCCGGUAUAUUGGUCACGUGGAUAAAAUUGACCAAUCACAUGCGUUGUUUGUUGGACUAGAGUUGGACACAGCAGCCGGUACGUCAGAUGGUAGUUUUCUUGGAAAACGUUACUUUUACUGUAGAAAGAACUACGGAAUGUUUGCCCCCUUGACUGACGUCAUUGGAAAGGUCAGUAAAAAGAGUUUGCUGAAAGCAACAAAAGAAGAAAUUCUUAAAGUCAAAAAGAGCUCGAAAAAGUCUUCUAAGGAUGAUAAAAUUACGCAUUUGUGAGACUAAAUUGUUAAACACGUGUACACAAUGCACUGCUUUAAAAGAAACAGCUGUCAUUAUGCACUUCUUUGUUUCAUAAGCUACCAACAGAACGCACUUUCAAACGCAAAACAACAUUAUGCACUUGUUUUAAAAAAGGAACACAUACUUUAUCCAUUCAGUGAAAAAACAAGGGUACGACAAUCUUAAAAAUCUCCAAUAUGAACCAUACACUCUCCGCAAUUAUACGCCCUACACAGUCAUAGAUCUUACACAGUUAUACACACUACACAAUCACACAUCCUUCACAAUCAUACAUCCUACACAGUUAUACACCGUAUAGAGAUAUAUGUCGUACCAAAUUAUACAUUUUACGCUACCAUAUCCCUCCAUAAGCAUAUGACCUACAUAUCUUAUACACAUUACACAUUGAUACACUUAACACAAUUAUACACCGAGCACAGUUAUACAUCUUACAUACUUAUACACUUUACAAUUCUUAUAUAUACACAAUCAUACACCAUACAUAAUACACAUGCUACACAAGCAUACAUUUUACACAAUUACACGACCUACAGAAUCAUACACCAUACUUAUGUUCACACCUUACACAACUACACACUCUACACAUUCAUACACCCUACACAGCUACACAGUUGUACACCACACACAAUUAUACAUCCUACACAAUCACACGGUCUGUUCGGCUAAACAUCCUACACAGUUAUACACUUUACACAAUCAUACACAUUUUGAAAUACAAAAAAUGACACCUAUUCCCACUUAUUCCUGCAUUCGCAAAUUCCAUAGUACAUUUUAGUAAAGGCCUUGGCAGUAUUUAAAACAGAAACGAUUGACCCGUUAAUUGUAUUGCUGCCUUUCUGCAAAUCAAGAUUUUAUGAAGUUUUCACGUAUCUUCUUCUAAAGACAACUCUCAUAAUAUUAAAUUUCAUAUAUCAUGAUAUUCAUUUUUGAUUUUAAUGAUAUUGUGUUCCUGUACUAGUUGUAAGUUCCUUAAAAAAACAAUUUUAUAUGAUUUCUUUUUCAAAUGCCAAUUUGCACAUCUAUCAAUUAUUUGCUCCAUGUUCUAUUGUUCGUUUUAUUCGACCUUGGGGGUGGGGGGUUCGAGACGGUCCACUGUAUUAUUGUGCAGGAUAUGUAGCACAUGUAACCAAUGAGACGUUGAACUUUAGUCGUUACGGAAUUAAACAAUCAUGUUGUUCUACCUAUUUUGCUCGUUUUUUUAAAAAAAGAAAAAGAUUACCAUUAUUUGCAUAAGUCAGAGAUUAACUCCGCCCCGCCAAGUGGAAUAAAACGCACUAUAUAGGUUUUCUAAAACGCAAAGAAAAACAUUUCAGUAUGAAUAAUGCACUUCGGUUAUGCUGUAUGUAGAUAUGUGUCAUAGUACGCGCUAAAAAUAUUUUGAAUUGAGUUAGUUAUCCAUUGCUUGUACCUGAAAACCAUGUACAAUUUAUUAGAAAAGCAAACAUCUCAUCAUAAAUGUAUUUGUUAUAUAUUUGACAGAAAAAUAUUUUACACUUGAGUUUAUAUCUUAUUCAUACUUUUGAUUUGUCCGAAACGUUGCGAAAAUAGUACUAGUUAACAAGCUCAUAUCGCCUCAGAAAACGCAAUAAUUUUGAAGAUGGAGAAAAAUAUUUUUAAGACUGACUUUGGUCUCACAAUAUUAAUGAUACAACAAAAACUAAUUUAAAGGAUUAAUUAAGGCAUACACAAACAUACAGACAUGUUAGACUUUUAAAAAGUAAAUUGCUUUGUUAUUUUCGUGUUUGGCAAAACGUGCCUAUGAGCCGUGUUGGUUGGCCAGUUCUCCCCCUUUUCUUUGUACCAUUUGAUGCACAAAGCACAAUUACGCAUCCUAAAAUCUUUUUCUUAAGUCAUAAUUUUACAUCAACUUUCUUUAAAGUUUGUCCUUAUAAUUAUGUCUCCCAUCACACAGAGGCCUGGGAGACAUAUUGAUUUCCUCCUGUCUGUGUGUGUGUGUCUGUCACAAAUCUUGUCCGCACUAUAAGUCGAACAUUUCUCAUCCGAUCUUCACCAAACUUGAACAAAAUGUGUUUGCCAAUAAGUCCUCAGCCAAGUUCGAUAACUAGGCAGAUCGGCCUAGACACUUCGGAAUUAUAGCAUUGAAACUUGUUUUUGAUAAUCAAAGCACUGAAAGUCUGAUAAGGCAGUUGUGGGAGACAUGCGCUUUUCUAAAAAGCAGCUCUAGUUUGAUAUUUUUUCUCCUUUCCCAGUGACCCUAUUUUUUUAUUUAAUAAGACUGCUGUAGUUAUGGCCAUUGACUUUGUCAAAAUCUGUACAAAGCGCCUAACAGUUUGUGUCAUACGAUCUCAAAAAGUGUUGUACCUAUAUACAGUCAUGGAACUUUGUUGCACCGGACUUACCACUCCAUAACCGAAAGUUAAAAAAGUAAAAAAUAUAAAGUUUUUUCUUACACCUUGUGUUUUAUAUAUAUAUAUUUUUUUUCACUGGCAAUAUUAUACUGGUUUCUUAAAAAUGAAGAUAAACUGUGAAAAAAAGCUAAACUUGGAGCAACAACAUAUUACCUGUAAUUUUGGCAAUUUUGAACACAAUGCAAAGGAGUUGUCAAUUGUCACAAUUUUGUCUAAGUAAAAUCAGUUUACACGCACAUUAUUGGUAUGUAGUGGUAGUUGUACUUUAUUUAGAUCAAUUUUUGGCUCAUAAGUAGAUAGUCAAAAUUCGUAAAAUGGUGAAAACGUCCGUCAACAAUUAUGUCAUGUACCAUUCAUUGAUGAUUCGCCGACGCCAUGAUUAAUCAGCCCUUCACCACAUUCUGAUCAAUGUGGUUAUUUUACCCAAUCAAGUUUGCCCUGAUGGUUCCACAUUUAAUGCGUAAAAAGCUCAUUUACUGUGGCUGGUGAUGUGAACACAUUAUCCGAAGUCAAAUGAAAGACAUUACUCGACGUAAAUUCUACAUCUGCAUCCGGGACCUUUAAGGUCGCUCAUAAAUCACACAAGGUCGGGUUUUGGCAAAUUGCCUUGUAUUUCCUUGCUGUUAACAGAAGAGGAAAAGUCUAUACAAGUCAUGUUUUAUACUCCACUCUUUUAAGAUAUUUGUUUUCUUAAAGAAACAUAUUUUCACUUAAGGAGGUAGGUUACCUUCAUAUUUGUAUGUGCGCAUGUCCAACCGGAAGCUAACGUGACGAUUUACGACGACGUUUACGACAAACUAAAUGUGUUUGUAUAUUCAUUCUUCUGAAAACAAAUCAUGAACUUGUCUUCGAUCUGAUGCUUUAUGGUUUAAUAAUGCAGAAAUAAUGAAUAAAUUGCCGCAGAAACGCUUCAAAACAAUGUUGCCUUAAAAUGACGUCAUUGACGUCAUGACGUUACGUGUCAGUUACCGCGCAAAAUUAAUAGCUUUUAUCUUGAAAGUACGUAAUUCUGUACAUUUUCUUUAUUUUAACUAUUUUCAAAUAACCAUUAUUUGCUGAAAUAUUUUUUAUGAGUCUUUUUCUCUGAAUAAUAAUCAAUAUUUUGCUUCUGUUAUGUAGUUAUAUUGAAAUGUUAUGCGGAAUGUAAGAAAAUGGAUGAUGGCAGCCAAUGUUAUUUGGAAUAUAGUUGGGUGAAAGGUUACUUGUUACGGCCAUUUUCAAAUAAAAAGUCUAGCAGUUUGAUUUGUAAUACCUAUUUUUCAGGUUCCAUGGAUAAUUUGUUACUUACAUACUAAAACUAAGAUCUAAAAUUGUUCGAAUUUCAGUAGAAAAUUGUGGUUUCUUGAAUUGAAUUGAUGUUACCAUGGAAACGAAGCCCGUGACCUAUGUAUCUAAAUGUAAAAUUCAAAAGCGUUGGCACUGGUCUAUUUAAGAAACACAGCUUCGGCUUUUUAUUUUCAUUUCAACAAUAUCCAUGAGAAUAAUAGCAGCACGCUGAACGAUUUUUCCAUGAAAAAUGGCAGACGAGGGGUACUGCUGUACGUAUUCUAAGCUGUGAAAUUUGUUUGAAUAAAUGCAAAUAACACGAAAAUGUAACCUACGUUAGAAAUAACAUGUUUUAAAGCUACAUCAACUAGAAAGAUAAUCUUAUUCAAUAUUUUUUUAAAGAAAUUACGACAAACAGCAAGAUAUAAGCUAUUUUAAACAUCUCUGUUGCCACGGUUACUUUAAAAUUUAUGAAAAAUAUGGUACCAUGUAAAGUGCUUGGUAUUUUGCUAAUAAUAUUACCCAAAUAUUUCAUGUUGGUCAUUAACAGAAUGGCACUGAAGCCGUCGAAAACCCCUAUUUUUAUACAUAAUUGUUUAGAAAUGAGAGAAAAUGCGUUACCAUGGAAACACGAGCCCCGCGACAUAUACAUUUUAAGCCUAUAUUAGAAAGAUAACGUGCAUACCAGUAAAAUUAUCAAUUAUGCAGAGUUCUACGGAUAUCAAUGAAACUAAAAUACACUGAAAAGUGUUAAAUAUCCGUAUUUUCCUUCUUCUUUCAAUAUGAAAUACCUUUGGAGGGUCAUGUUCUUCAAACCUGGAUAAAAAAUGAACUUGAAGGGACAGAGACGAACGAAAUUGAGAUUAUAGCAGUUAAAACUACAUAUUACACGAAAUACAAAAACAUGCUGCGGUUCAACUAAUUUGAAUUUACCCUUGUAACAAGGUAUCCUACCUCCUUAAACAUUUUUAUAUUAAAAAAAAAGACAAGUGUUUUUGACUGCUUUGCAAUGCAAAUACAUGCUACACUAAUGUUACGAUAAUUCAUAAAUAUCUUGAAAAAAAAAACAACAACACGCUUUAUUAGAUCAUUAGAUAAGAUUAUGUUAAACGUUUAUAUGUGAUAUGUUUUAUGCAUUGAAGACAGUUGAUCGGCAAUUUCCGUACGAUGGUCUGUUACUUCGGCAAUCUUCGACCGCCAAUGUAGCUCAUGCGAGCAAUGGUUUCCGUAAAAAUCCGGAGAAUGCUAGGUAAUCGUCCAUAUGAAAAACAUGCCAGUAAAUGCGUAAAUUUACACACUAAUACAUAUUAGUACUAAAAUUAUGUCUUGUUUUUUUUUAAUAAUUUGAAUGUGUUUUAGAGUUUUUGAAUAGAAGGGAUGAAAAAGAGCUUUUGAAUUUGGAAUAAAGAUUUUGUUUUUAAAGAAAAGUUUUAAUGAGAUUUUAAGAUAACAUAUAGAUCUAUUCGUAAUAGUUAAUUAACAAAUAAUCAAGGCCUUCGCGUUGUUUAUCGUCUAAUUUACCACGGUUCAGAGUUCAGAUGCGUAGGAAUUGAACCACGAGGGCGUUAGCCCGAGUGGUUAAAUACUGAAGCAUCUGAACGAUGAACCGUGGUCAAUUAGACGAUAAAUCACAAGAAGGCCUUGAUUGUUUUCAUUCUGACAUGCACGUUGAUAUAUUUCAAUAAAUAUUAUGCUGGAAUUUAUUUACGCGAGGAGUAAUGUAUCGGACGUCAGGCGGCUACAUGACGUCAAAAUUGACGUCAUAAUGCUCUCUUACUGGUCCGUGCGUCAACCGUUGUUUAUCGCAGGAUAUAUUGCGUUUGAUUUUCUUCUUUGUUUAAGGUAGUUCUGCACGUUUGGAUCGAAAAUUUUUCUACAAUGUAGAAUUUGAUUAAACUCUGAUUUUUCAAAACUUCAGAAUAUACCUAGAAAAUUCAGCAAAUAAAAAAGAUAGGGACGUGUACUUGAUUUUUUGCUAGACUGAUUUGAAAAAUUUGGACCUCAUGCAGUAUUUCAUAAUAGGAGUCUAUGGGAAAAUCAUAACUUUCAUAACAUUUUCGCGGAUAGAAUUUUUUCUACAAUGUAGAUUUUGAUAAAACUUUCCACGAUUGUUAAUAAACAUAGGCACUAUAAUUUGGUGAAAUAAAAUGUAUAGGUCCGUGUGCUUAUUUUUGAGAUAUUUAACCAUAAUAAACGUGAACCGGACAUUUCACGCUAAUUUUAACACAUUAUUUUGAAUUUUUAACGUGCCGUAUGUUUUAAUACCAUAUUUUGACUUUAGAAAUAUAGCAACAGUGCCAUUGUAAUAAAUUUACUCACAGGUUUCAAUUGAUCCAUAAAAUGAUUUUCAUUUCCGUACGCCGAAUUCAGGCUUUAUUCUACGUUUUCCGGAUAAAUAACGUUACGCCAUCACUUUCGGUUUUUCAAACGUGCAGAACUACCUUAACUGGAAAUCAAUUCGAGCCAUGUUAGAAUAGAAAUUCUAAUAUGCCAGUCUCUGUUAAAACACGCUUACGCUAGAAUGACGUCAUGUUAACGUGCGGUGAAGUUUUUUCUGCGACCAAGAAAGAGCGCUACUAUAUUUUAUCUACUGUUUUAGAUUAAGGGCAUAUUAGAAUUGAAAUAAUUUAUAGUAAAAGCGUGUUUUAACACCAUUUAUACACUCUGGCAGUAAUACGUCGUACAAAUAAUUACACGAGGGCUGUGCCCUCAUGAAAUUAUUACGCCCGACGUAUUAUUGCCCAUCGUGCAUAAAUAGUGUUAAAACAUUCUUUUGCUAUAAAUUAUUUCUUAAUUAACGAUGAAAGAAAUGAAACGGCAAUACUUACACCGAUAUGUCCAAGUUGUCGGCGUUCCGUUUUAUGGCAAUACUAUGUAUAUGUCAGUAAUACGGUAUUUAUGUAAUGUUAUUGAAAAUGAGGUAUAUUUCGCUACUCUCACUGUGAACCUGUCAGUUAUUACUAGAUAAUCUUACUACAUCUCUUGUUAGUUUGAUGCUGUUUGUUCAGUUGUAACAAUUACAAAAAAAAUCAUAUAGCGUUCUGUGGAUCAUUAAAAAUGCUACGCUCUUGAAA